UUGUAAAAAAAAAAAGUAAAAUCAGGAAUCAGAAUAAUUCGAGGAGACUUGUGAAAGGAUGGUUUGCAGAGGUUGAAACCAAGCAUCUGACUGUGCCACAUCAACGUUUUGCCAGGGUCAUGAUUCCGUCGAGGCUCUGCGCAGCGAGAUCACAGACCAUGUUUGUGGGUAUGGGGCGGUGGGCUCUGUUCAUGCAGCCUUUCCUCACGCCCAGCCAGCUCCUUCCGCAGCAGGUUUCUCCCAGGCUGCUCUCAGGUGACCGUGUGGACCAUGCCAAGCAUCAGGAGCCCUCCAGAAAGAAGCGCCUCUCAGAGAAAAAGCUGAAAAAGUACUUUGUGGACCAUCGGAGAGUGCUUGUCCGAGGGGGCAGCGGAGGUGCAGGGGCGAGCUGCUUCCAUAGUGAGCCCCGCAAGGAGUUCGGAGGCCCCGACGGUGGGGACGGAGGCAGCGGUGGCCAUGUCAUCCUGAGAGUUGACCAGCAAGUCAAGUCCCUGUCAUCCGUCCUGUCGCGAUAUCACGGUUUUGAUGGAGAAGAUGGCAGCAGGAAGAACUGCUUUGGGCGAGGUGGUGCAACCCUCUACAUCCGGGUCCCCAUGGGCACAUUGGUGAAGGAGGGGGAUGAGAUCGUGGCUGACCUGUCUCGCCCGGGUGAUGAGUAUGUUGCUGCGCUGGGCGGGGAAGGAGGAAAGGGCAACCGCUUCUUCCUGGCCAAUGACAACCGCGCCCCUGUGACCUGUACCCCGGGGCAGUUGGGGCAGGAACGAGUGCUCUACCUGGAGCUCAAGACGGUGGCCCACGCCGGGAUGGUGGGAUUCCCCAACGCAGGGAAAUCCUCACUCCUUCGGGCCAUUUCAAAUGCAAGACCCGCAGUGGCCUCGUACCCGUUCACCACCUUGAACCCGCACGUGGGGAUCGUCCACUACGAAGACCACCACCAAGUAGCAGUGGCCGACAUCCCCGGCCUUGUCCGCGGUGCCCACCAGAACCGGGGCCUGGGCCUGGCUUUCCUCCGCCAUAUUGAGCGCUGCCGCCUCCUGCUGUUUGUACUGGACCUGUGCCUGCCGGAGCCGUGGACACAGCUUGAGGACUUGAAGUUUGAGCUGGAAAAGUACCAGGAGGGCCUGUCGGAGAGACCCCAUGCCAUUGUUGGCAACAAGAUUGACCUCCCACAGGCCCGAGCCCACCUAUCCCAGCUCCAGGCCCGCUUGGGGUACGAGGUCAUUGCACUGUCGGCGGUGACUGGGGAGAACCUGGAACUGCUGCUGGAGCGCCUGAAGGAGCUGCAUGACGCCGACGCACAGGCCGAACUGGGCCGGGGCCACCAGCCUCUCAGGUGGUAGUGGGCGUGGCCCGAGCAGACCUGACUGUGAGGUGGCCGGGCCUCGUCUAAAGGAAGGUGCCUUGGAAACAUUGGAGUGCCACACCUGGCUGCAUCAUCUUGGCCUCCAGGUGCCCCACCUCUGGCCUGGGGUUCCCUUGGGUGAUGGAACAUUCCGUACUACCCGACCCCACUUGUGCCCAGUGUUUCUGCACUUGCCAGUGUGCUGACUCAUUUGUACUCAUUAACACCCCGAUUAGGGUGAUGGGUCUGCUGCUGAUGGGUACUGUCUGGUUCCCCCACAUGGUGGCCUCAUGGGUGAGCUUGGAAAGGCGCUGCACCUGCAUGUCUUCAUGGCCUGCCGCAGGGGCCACACUCUGGAUUCCAAGGGGACCAGGCUAUCCAGCUACCCAGCAACCCUAGGCACCACGGACCCAAGACUGGCCUCUCAGGGGCUGCUCUGCUGCAUGAGGGUGGGAUCAGGGAGCAGGGACGGCCACCCCACCCCUCCAGUGUCAGCAUCUAGGAAGAGCUGAGGCCAGCUCCUUCCUGUUUCCAGAACUGCACUCUACUCUGGAAUCUGGGUACUGGGAGGCCUGGGCUUCACGACUGAAUGCUUCUAAUAUUUGAUGCAGGUCA